UAAACUUAUUAAAUAGAUAGCUGCAUGAUUCUGUUGAGUGCGGAGCUUUUUAUCUUCUAAGAUUAGAGACAUCGCAACAAAGCCAAUAUCGACGAAAAUGGGAGAAGUUUUUAAUGGCAAUGGAUCUUCUCAUGACACGCCACCCGGAAAUUUCAUUGAGAAUCCACUCAGUGAAAUCCGCGACAGAAAACCGGCGUCCAUUAGCACCUUAGCAACAGACACUCCAGACCCGUUGAAGAGUUCCACGCCAACUGCUGAUGUAACAAAACUGCCCAAAUUUUCUUCGGACAUAACGAAGUCUUUCGCUGAAACUCCAAUAGAUCAUUCAGUGUUGAAUAAAGGGGAUGGAAGUCCUCGUAGCAAAGACGUUGACGCGAUGACAGAUUUGCUAAUGGGAUCCCGAGAACCUGCAGCAUCUUUGUCUCUAUCGGAGGAGAUGUCGGCGAAUGUGGCCAUUCCGACACCAACCGAGAGUUUCGCAAUCAACAGAGAAGAUAUCGAAGGUCAUAAGAACAGUCUGUUUCACAGUCAUCUUCCACUACAAUCAGCUCACAAGAAGCGAAGAAGCUCCUCGUCUGCCAAAGCUACCUCAGGGACUAGUAAAGGAGUCAAUAGAAUGAAGAAACGUUCAUUACAGCAAGCAUCUCCAAAUAGUGACCUUCCGGAUUCGGCACGCAGAAGUCAAGAUGAUGAUGACUCUGUAAAGGUGUCAUAUGGGAGAUCAAGUAGUGUGCCAGCCACAUCUUCUUUGGGCGACACUCCGCGAGUAGUUCAGUUCGCAACUGAAAGUGUACUGAAACCGAUAUCAGAAGAGAAUGUGAAGUUCUCUCUCGGAAGUGACGUUGGUGUGUAUGAGUCAGGCGAUGAUGACCAGGCGGCGACACCUUUAAGGUCACGCAAAACAAGUCGCCAUCAUGCCGCCAUGUUACAAUUGGGACUACCGGAUAGGCCUCUGAGCGACAAUCUUUCGAAGCGUCAGAUUCCGGGUGACAAGGUGCUGCAACAGACCAAUACGCCCAGUUCCGUCCCCUCAGACGUUCAUCUGCAGAUGAAGGAUGACUUCGAACUGCCUGAAGUGGAUCUGGAUCGAGGAAAAAGUCAUCGAUUGGACUAUCAGAGACCUAUGCAUAAGUUCGCUCGUCCGUCUUCCUCGCCCUCUUUCCAUGGAGUUUCUUUUGCAGAGGGGGUCGACCAAGUGCAAAGAGUGCCGUUUGAUCACACCGCACACGAUGUGUUCGUGGAGUUAGACGAACUGAUGAUGGGCGAUGACGGAUUCCAGUGGAAAGAAAAGGCCCGAUGGAUCAAAUACGAGGAGGACGUGGAGCUGGGCGGAGAGUGGGGCAAGCCACACGUGUCCACCUUAUCAUUUCACUCUCUGCUGGAACUGAGACGUCUGUUGGAGCAUGGAGUGGCCUUGUUUGACCUUGAGGAGAAUAGUAUGGAUGGAAUAGUGACUAGUAUUUGUAUGUUGCUGAAAGACAGGGGAUUACUAGGAGAGAGCGAGUGUAAGAAGAUGGAAAAAGUGCUGAUGGGACGCCAUUCACAUCAAGGAGGGGGUGUGAAACGGACCUUUUCGCACGCAGGCUUCAACACGCCGACGACGAGUAAGAAACACUCCUCAUUUAUCCAGAUUGAUCAAGGGGACAAGACUAACGGUGUGAACAAUGGAUCCUCUGACUACAGAAGGACCCAGUCCACACCGGUGCACGCUGCUAACGAAACGCUACAAUCAGUUGAGGUGGAUAAUGGCAAGCUUAAAGACCACAAAGAUUCGAAAGUGGAAUUUUCACCUUCGGUCGAUAUGAUCAAAUUGCGUCACAAAAGCGAUAGUGACGCAGCAGCACUGAGCUCGCUCGACUUCGAAGAGAACGAGAGGGCGAGGGGUUCCGAAAUGGAGCCCUUCUUACACUUCGCCUCCUCAGACCUUGGCGGGGGUCCGCAGGGUAGUCGAAACCCUGAUGAGAAAUUUUACUUCCCGAGCGUCGAGUCACUGUGCGAUGAAACCGAAAAUCGCUCGUGCUCUUCGCUUAGCAUCGAAAGCGUUGUUGACAGUGGCGAAUUGCGAAACGAAGAGGAUUCACAGCAUUCUAAGGAUGUUCUCGUGGGUAUUUCGAGAGAUUGCACUGAAGAUGAAAAGGCGGACAAAAGUGCGACAGGAGAGGGACCGAGUAUGAGUUUUUUGGCAGCCGCAGCCAGUAGGAAACAAAGUGUGUUUUCAAACCUCAUGGCAUUGGGUGGAGGAGGCGGCAAUGAGCGGGGAUCGAACCCGCAAAUGACAGAUAUUGAAAAGCGACUUCCAGAGGGCGCAGAAGUUGCCAAUGUGUGGGUGGGAAGUGUCUCGUUUCUAAAGUCGCCCAUUAUGCUGUUUGUCAGAUUAGCUGAGGGUGUGAUCAUGAGUGAGGUGAGUGAAGUGAGGAUGCCGAUGCGCUUCAUCUUCAUCCUGAUGGGACCCGUGACCAAACAUUUGUUCAUGGAGGACUACCACGAGAUAGGCAGGGCCAUGUCCACACUCAUGAGCUACAAGGACUUCAGAGAGGCUUGUUACGUGGCCAAUGACCCGAAGGAUCUGGUGACCCCAAUGAACGCCUUUCUGGACGGGAGUGUGGUGGUGCCUGCACAUGGAUGGAACAAGGGAAAUGUCACUAAGAUGCUGCAGGACAUCAAAGCCAAGAUGAUCGAAGUGGACCAUCAGAGAAAGCGCAAGAAAAAAAUGGGAGAAAGGCGAGACAGCAGAACCCUAAAGAAGGGCGAAGAGGGGGAUGACGAUGAGUUGCGUCGAAGUAAGCGCUGUCUAGGGGGUCUCAUUCAGGAUGUGAAAAGAAGGUACCCCCUGUACCUGUCGGAUAUAACAGACGCCCUCAAUUUCCAGUGCUUCUCUGUCGUCAUCUUCAUCUUCUUCGCCGUUCUCACCCCAUCUAUCACUUUUGGAGCUGAUGUUGAACUGGACCGAGUGAAUUCGUGGAUGGGAGUGUAUGAGACGAUUCUGGGCUCUGCCAUCGCUGGAGCUCUGUUUGGAUUAUUGAGUGGUCAACCUCUGUUAAUAAUAGGCUGCACUGGUCCAUUGGCAGUGUUCGAGGGAUCCCUCUACGACGUGACGGAAAGUGUGAGUGAGAAGAAUUACAUGCCUUUCCGCUGCUGGGUUGGACUGUGGCUCUUCCUUAUCUGUGCUCUGACUGCUGUGCUGGAACUGAGUUUUGUGCUCAAGUAUUUCACCCGCUUCACGGAGGAGAUAUUUGCUAUGCUUGUGUCGCUCAUUUUCUGUGUGUCUGUCAUUCGCAACCUUAUUAAGAUCUUCGAAGACCACCCUCUAGGAAUAAAUGAAGACUGCCAAGUGCCGUAUGUGCUGAACCAGUCUUAUGUGGACCAAUGUGUAGUCGUGGAACCCACAAGUGCUGCAAUCUGUUCUAAUCAGUCCUCCAUAUUCGGUCCCUUCACUCCAGAUGAGGACUAUUGUUGCAAUGAGCCAGGAAGCUCAUCUUCGACGCCCAACACAGCUCUGCUGAGUUUGAUCCUCACAGGUGGCUGCUUCAUCAUCGCAUACUUUCUCAAACAGUUCAGAAGUUCCCCUUUUCUCGGUCCACGCGUGCGAAAGGCGCUGGGUGAUUUCGGAGUGCCAAUUGCCAUUCUUUUGAUGACGGGACUGGAUAUGAUCUUGAAUGACAAAAUUUACACCAAGAAACUGAACUUCCCUGAAUCCUUUGAGCCGACGAAGAACGAGGACAAAACUAACUUCACUCGAAACUGGGUCAUCUCUCCUUUUGACCUUGAGAAAGAGUACUGGUGGAUGGCUUUGGCCGCAUUUGUGCCCGCUGUUCUUGUAUUCUUUCUCAUGUUCAUCGAGAUACAAAUCACAGCGAGAAUCUUGAACAAGAAGGAACACAAUUUGCAGAAAGGAACUGGCUACCAUCUGAACAUUUUGGUCAUCGGCUUGUCUGGCAUCAUCUGUGGCGUGCUUGGCUGUCCGUUUGUGACAGGUGCCACAAUUAGAAGUGUGAGCCAUACCAGUGCUCUGAUUGUGUCUGAUCCCCAUCAUGCACCUGGUGAGAAGCCGAAGAUGUCUGUGAUUGAACAGAGAGUCACCAGUUUCCUCGUCAAUGUCCUCCUCGGUCUGUCGAUACUUUUGAAGUCAGUGCUCAGUCACGUGCCAUACUCAGUGCUCUAUGGAGUGUUCUUUUACAUGGGAGUUGCCUGUCUGGGAUCUCUCCAGUUCUACGACAGAAUCAAACUGAUGUUUAUGCAGCGAAGAAACUACCCUUCAGUGCCAUACGUGCGAAACGUGAGUGGAUUGAAAGUGCACCUGUUCACGAUUAUUCAGAUUGCAGUUGUGGCAAUUUUGUGGGCUGUGAAGGAGUCGCCGAUUUCGAUUUUCUUCCCCUUCUUCCUGAUUCUGUUGGUUCCUGUCAGACUGAAGUUGUUGCCCAAAUUUUACACUGAAGUGGAACUGGCUGCUCUGGACAGCGAAGAAGUAGACGGUGCCGUGGAGCAGGACGAUUUCGACUAUAAUGUGACCGCGCACAUGCCGUACUAGUCUACUACACAUCUACUCAACUACACCAAACCAAACCUCUAAUCAAGCCACAACUAUUUCACGAAACGGAUAAUAUUUGCACGAAUAACGAACUAUUCGGCCGAAGUGAACAUCUAUGGGGUCAAACGGAAUGGCAUUUUUCGGACGGACUGCUUUUCGGAUAAGUUUUGACCAGGCGGUCUUUUAGAUGUACCCCACUUCUGAGCAGUCUUCCCUUCACAAUCUUGAAGCAGAUUAAUCGCAAUUGUUUGUUGCAGUCUCUUUUCUUCCACUAACCUGAAUGAAACUCUCUCUCCUCCACACCAAUAUCCAUUUCCUAUCAAAAUUCAUAUAUUUUUCUAUGCGAUUUUGCUGUAGCUGUGUGAAUAUAGAGUUCAGUUAUCUCAUUACGUUAAUGAAGUUGUAGGCAAAACGUGAAUAAUUGUUCUGUUUUUGUUCUGAACGUGUAUUUUAAUUUAGAAUCAA